AUGGCUUCACGACCAGCAUUCGCAGCGCUUGGCUGCUUGCAAUGUCGUAGCCGGGUUCUGAGGGCCAUCGCCACAAAUUCGAACGUUGUCCUUCGGCCUUCGGCCCGGGCAACAGCCGCACCUCUACCAUCUCGCGAUCUGUACCGCGCUUUUUCGAGCUUGCCGCCUGACACCCCCAAACCUGCGAGCGAAUCGACAGCACAACAAACGAUCUCUGAAGUGGAAACUUCGGAUGACAAGCCUGCCAAUUCCGAAGUGGCGGAGGAAAACAAAUCCGCCGUCGACGAUACGCCUUGGUUCCUACAAGUCGAGCCUCCAACCCACGCACCCACACAACACAUAUCGCCGCUGCCCGAACUUCCCGACUCGCCGCCUGAACUACUCGAGCCUUUGAUGAAGUACAUCUAUGAAGAGAUGGGAUUGGACGAUCUUUCUCUGCUCGACCUACGCGCAAUGGAUCCGCCGCCCGCCCUGGGUCCCAACCUCCUCAUGCUCUUUGCGACGGCCCGAAGCGAGCGCCAUCUUCAUGUUUCCUCCUCCAGAUUGGUGAAGUGGCUUCGUCACACCCACAAGAUCGAGUCAAACGCGGACGGCUUGAUUGGCCCCGGCGAGCUGAAGACAAAGCUGAAAAGAAUGAGGAGGAAGGCUAAGCUCCUGGGCUCCAGCGCCAUGGCUCCGACGGACGGAGAUGACGGCAUCACGACUGGAUGGAUCUGCGUGAACCUGGGCACUUCGGGGGCCACAUACAGCGAAGCCGCCAGAUUCGACACGGAUGGCAACAUCUCCGGCUUUGGAGCACCGGUAACGGGUAGCACCAUUGUUGUUCAGGUCAUGACGCAGGCACGCCGGGCCGAACUGGAUCUUGAGCGACUUUGGAGCCAACAGCUCACGCGCUCCGAGGCCCAGAGCCGCAGUCUUCAGGAAGGCACCAAGUUCCAACACCGAUUCGGGCAGCUCCCCGUGACGACCGACCGAUCAAGCAAGGGCAGUAUCGGCCAAUCGCAACAGAAACGGUUCUUGUCCACAUCAUUUUCCCGACAGAUGCCAUUCGCCCCCGAGCCAAACAAAAAUGUAAAUGCAGCCCCCGCCGCUACCCCCAAGACUUCAGACUUGAAGCAUGUCAGUGUCCACUCCAACAAUAAGUCGCUCAAUGAGGUUCGUCAACAAAUUGAUGAGAUACGCUGGGACGGUUGGCAGACGGACAAAGAACGAUGUAUCAACCUCCUCAGAGCUAUCUUUCGUGCUGCUCCGAGCGACGCAAAUCACUGGCGAACCCAGGCUGAUCUCGCGACAGAACUGAUCGAGACGAUGGCCGAGCGAGGCAUGCCGGUCAUGGACUCCGAGUUUAUCAGCGUCAUUAUCGAAGCCAUCGCCCUCUCAGGCGUGACUGGACGCAAGAUCGAAUCUAUCGUGUCUAACCUGGAGCUUGUCUUGCAGAAGGGAGUCGACUCGUGUCCUACCGAGACGCAAAUCAGGCGCUUGAUGAAGGCGUACGCGAUUCGAGGCAACUGGGAAAAGUUUUGGGACACCUGGUACAUUCUGCCGAGGUACAGCGCCCGACGCGGCCCCGAGUUGUACAAGUUCAUGUUCUCUCAGAUACUCAACACCAAGGACAGGAUCAAGUGUAUCGACGCUCUGAGGAAAUGUGUGCCAGAGAUGCUGGCCGAAGAACCACCAGUCCUACCGACAGAAUCGCUCUACAACACGGUAAAGCAAUGCUUGCGAAUUGCCGAUCCCACCGCCGAGGUCGUUGCUGAGCACAUGGUCUCGCAGGGAGCCAGAAGGGGCAACGCCCCGCCCAGCAUCGAGUUCGUCAGGAUGCUGAAGGACCUCGAAGCUCUCCGAAAAAACAUGUAA